AUGGGAGUAAUGACACCAGCAGUGAACCAGCUUGCCCUAGUCAAACGGGUCUGGGAACGAAUCGCCCCGUUGCAGCUUGCAGAGCGAGCUUGGGAUAAUGUCGGUCCCAUCAUCGAGGCGCCUUAUCCCAACUAUGCCAACCGACAGGUGCUCCUGACCAUCGACCUCACAGCCUCGGUCUGCGCAGAAGCUCUUGCUUUGCCUUCUCUCUCUGUAAUCAUCGCCUACCACCCUCCUAUAUUCCGCGGGCUCAAGUCGGUCACAUUGUCCGACCCCAUCCAGGCUUCGCUGCUUAAGUUGGCAGCCGAGGGCAUCUCUGUCUUUUCUCCUCAUACCAGUUUGGACGCUACACCUAAUGGUAUCAACAACUGGCAAGUCGCUCUAGAUACUUUCAAAUAA